AUGUUCACGACGGCCACUGCCAAGCUGAAUGAGGCUCUGUCAGGAGACAAGAAGAACAACAAGAAGAAGAAGGACAAGAAGAGGGGUCGCAAGAGCAGCUCGACAUCCCCGUCGGAGGAGAGUGCCGAGGUGCCGGAGGUGGACGUGCCUGCGGCUUUGGGAUUGCCGUCCAAGGAGUUCAUGAGAAGCUCAAAGCAGAGCAACCUGGAUGACCUUUCGGUCCGUCAGCUGGCAUGUGCCCUCUCGGGGGUUUAUGUCUUUAUGCUGCCGUCGGACAUGAUGGAUAUCGGGGGUUCCUAUGAGUCUUGGCAGCGGCUAUUUGUUUUUACGGAAGUUUGGUAA